AUGGCGAAUCUGUAUGUGAAGGCGGUGCCGCCGGCGGAUCUGAACAGGAAUACGGAGUGGUUCAUGUAUCCAGGCGUGUGGACGACAUAUAUACUUAUACUCUUCUUCGCUUGGCUUAUUGUUCUCUCCGUCUCCGGCUGCUCCCCUGGCAUGGCCUGGACUGUCGUCAAUCUCGCUCACUUCGCUGUGACUUAUCACUUCUUUCACUGGAAGAAAGGAACCCCAUUUGCAGAAGACCAAGGAAUAUACAAUAGCUUGACAUGGUGGGAGCAGAUGGACAAUGGCAAACAGCUUACACGCAACCGAAAGUUUCUUACAGUUGUUCCUGUUGUGCUGUACUUGAUAGCAUCUCAUACAACAGACUACAGACAUCCGUGGCUGUUCCUCAACACUCUGGCUGUGAUCAUACUUGUGGUGGCCAAGUUCCCUAACAUGCAUAAGGUCCGCAUCUUCGGCAUCAACUCUGACUAGUAAGGGGAAAGAAAAAGGAAUAGAAUCCCACUGGUGAUGGAUCUGUUCUCUUCUCUGAAAAAAAAAAAAAGAUAUAGUCAAAGAGUAAAGUUUGUGUAUAGAAGGAGGAGGGGAAUGCUUCUUAUAUGCGUAGAAAGAGAGGCUGUCUUUUUAAGGGUUUUAAAGAAAAAUAUGCGCAUCUUUUCUUGAAUUCUUGAAGCUGUGUCAUAUUUUGUACAGAGACGUGUAAAUCGCAAAAUAUACAGUUACUACCCGUCAUCAUCAUCAUAUCAUUAUUCAGUAAGAUUGGAAUUUUUACUAUUA